CUUGGGACCUUCUCAUGAUAACAAAUCGAGUUAAGUUAAAAUUUAAUAAUAAAUGAGGUGUUGGCAAACAUAAACAUCUGUUUAAAAAAUAUAAUACUUUUUGUAUUCGUGUCAACAAAACAAUAAUUAAUAAAUUAUUUGCAAAAAAAAUAAAAAUAAAAACAAAAUGACAAUAACAGAUGCAUAUCGUUUAAAUUCCAGCAUGAAAUGUGCUAAAUACAUGCUGCUUAUUAUUAGUUUUAUGUUUGCAAUAACUGCAAUUCUCUUAAUUUUGGUUGGUGAAACAAUCCAAACAAUAUUUGGAGAUUUCCGUCAAUUUUUAGAUGAUUAUUACCUCUCACCACCAACUUUGCUCAUUGCAACGGGAUUUCUUAUGUUUGCGGUUGCCAUCCUUGGUUCAUAUGGUGCAAUCAAGGAGAGUGUUUUAAUUAUUAAUUUAUAUGGUGUUUCACUAUUCGUUGUAUUUAUUCUUGAAGUUGCAGCAGCAAUUGCUGCUUUUGUUCUCCAAAGUGAUGUCCAUGUAAUGCUUGUACGAACAAUGAAUGAAUCCAUGCAUCAAUAUGAAAGUAAUUUAUAUCUUCAGAAUGGUGUCGAUUUUAUGCAAUCCGGUUUACAAUGUUGUGGAAUUUAUGGUCCCAUGGAUUGGAAGCCCGUCCUCGAAGAUAACAUAAACAAUAACCUUACAAAUGACAUCUAUGUUCCACCAUCUUGCUGCUAUGAACCAGUUUCAAUUAAUGAUUGCAGUGAAAAAUACGAAUCUGGAUGCUUGGGUCGAAUGCAUUUUAUAAUUUCUCAAAGUGCAAUGUUGAUUGCUACCGGUGCAAGUACAGUUGCAUUUGUUCAGCUUUUAGGAUCAAUUUGUGCUUUUAUGUUGGCCAAAACAUUGAGACGCAACAAGUCUAUAAGGGAAGCACGACGUUGGCAAUUGCAACAGACAUUAGGUGCCCUUAUAGCCAGUUCUAAACCAAUGCCAAUACCGUCUCAGGAGGGCUAUCAGCAAUUGGGUGAAAAAGAGAAGUACAUGGAAGAAUAUCAUGCCAAUAGUCCGAGUGUGAAUUAGGUCUUGGACCUUAUAUCUUAUUACCAAAUCUUAAAUAAAUUUGGUUGCACAAAUGUA